AUGGCGGCGCUGCCGGUGGCGGGGGCGCUGCCGGCGGCCCCGGCCGAGCCCAACCCCUUCUCCUUCCGCGAGUUCGUCCGCUCCAAGCGCCGCGCCGGGGACGGGCCGGGCGGGGACGCGCAGGCGGCUCGGGACGGGCCCGUCGUGCCCCCGCUGCCCGCGGUGCCCGCAGAGUCGCGGGACGAGCAGCAGGACGAUGAGGAAGAGGAGGAGGAAGAGGAGGAGGAGUGGAGCGAGAGCUACCAGCCGCUGGCCGUGGAGCAGGCCCAGCUGGCCGCGCUCGGAGCCCGCCCGGGGCCGGGCCGGGUCCCCCCGGGGCCGGGCCGGGUCCCCCCGGGGCCGCCGAGCUACGAGCAGCUAAAAGAAGAGAAUGCUAUUUUGAGAAGCAAGAUCAAUAAGCUUCAGAUUCUGUCUGAAACUCAAGCAGACAAGAUGAGGAAGCUUGAGAAGAAGCUUGAGGAAAACAAACUCAAAGAUGAAAAAGAAGCACAGGAUUUGGAAGCAAUGGUGCAGCACGUGGAGCAGAAUCUGCAGCUGAUGACUAAACGGGCUGCCAAAGCUGAGAGCAGCGCUGCCAAACUGAGACAGGAAAAUGCACAGCUCCAGGAGGAGCUGAGGAAUUCCCGGCUGGAGAAGGAGGCGCUGCGGGCGGGCCAGAUGGGACUGGCGGCGGCCAAGCGGAACUCGGAGGUGGCGCUGCAGCAUCUGCUGUGGGUCACAACCAGCUCCCGAGCAUCCCUCAGGCAGCUGCUGUCUGGAGCAGAAUCCCUGCAGCUCGUGGCUGACCUCCUGAAAUCCAUAGACAGAAUCUCUGAGGUGUCAGAGGACGGACAGUGACUCACACAGCACGGAGGACUUUGUUUUCGUAUGGAAACCACUACUAAAAAGUGAAUUUUUGAUA